UUUUGACCGCAGAUUCGUUAAAAUACUUUGUUUACAUUUUAAAUAAAGGAUCAAAUCACUUUUGAAAUGUUAAGAAUAAUUGUAAAAUGUUACUCUAAAAGUAUUAUCGGUGUGUGCUUCAAUAAUGUUAUGAUUUUAAAAUAUCUACUAAACUGACGCGUGUUGGUCGACUUUGCAAUCCCAAAGUUACAAAAACGCAAACAUGGCGGACACGUGGAUGCAAGAGUUAGAACAAGCGUCCCGAAUAGUUUUGGCGCCUCCUAAUAUGGUGACAUCUGAACAAAGACAUGCUGCUGAAAAUGUCAUACUUGACUUUAGGAAAAAGAAAAUGCCGUAUAGUGUGUGUCGCUUUAUACUAGAAAACAGUUCUGUGGAUUAUGUUCUUUUCCAAGCUGCUACGACAAUCAAAGAGGCAGUCGUACGAGAGUGGUCAUUACUAAACGCACAGGACAUUGAGUCCUUGCGGUCGUUCCUCGUCAGAUUUGUGACACGAAACGUCACCCUACAGAGUUACGUACGAGAACAGAUACUUCAAACGGUGGCUGUCAUUCUGAAAUGUGGCACUCUGGACGCAUCAGUUACAAGCUGUGAUUGUCUCUUUCAAGAUGUCACCGAACUGAUAGGGAGUGGUAAUGUGACCAUGCAGCUUGUUGCCUGCUCGAUGUUGUCUGCUUUGCUGAACGAAUACUCCAGUUCCGUGCGCACAAGCAGCGUGGGCUUCACGUGGGAUUUUCAUAUCAAGUGUAAACAAACAUUCGAGCAGAACAAUCUAAAGCGCGUGUUUUCAUUUUCAUUGCAAGUUCUGGAUGAAAUUGAAACUGCAACCGAUCCGCUGAGCCGAGAAGUAACAGCAGUCUUAAAUCGAGUUCUAUCCAUCGCAGAGCAAGUGCUGUCGUGGGAAUUCACCCCUCGUUCCAUACACCACAGGAAUCACUCAUCAUUCACAAGUAACGGUCAGAGUGUUUCACUUCGUCCAAGUGAGGCAUGGAGAGAUGUCCUUCUCAGCGAUGCCACCCUUCCGCUUUUUUUCAGAAUUCACAAGAAGGUCCGAUAUAACACUGAGAUGGCUCAGCAUUCCCUGAUUUGUCUAUCUCAGCUAGCCUCCUUAAAUGGGCUUAUUUUUUCUGAUGACAAGGCACGAAUACGAUACUUGACAAUGUUUGUUGAUGGUUUUCUGAAACUAUUGAGUGAUAUUGAGUUACAUGUUUAUGAGAAACUUGGCAUAGCCCUAACAUUCAAGAACAUGAUGAUGAUGUUCCCAUUAAGGUGUUUUGCUGCCAUUCCAGAAUCACUUCUGCAGACAGCUGUGAGUUAUUUAUCAGGGUUAACCUGUAACAUGGGACAGACUGCUGCUCAGGAGGAGGGCAUGCAGUCUGGAGAAACCCUUCACAUGGAAGCAUAUGAGAAACUGCUAGACACCUGGUUGUCACUCAUAGCUGACACUGACCACCUCCCCCCUGCAUUAUUGCAGCCUCAUGCAAUCCAAAUUUUCAACUCUUACAUGACAUGUCAUUUGGGUACCCCUUAUGGCAACCGUCCUAAAAAUGUCCUGGAUGAAGAAGAUAUUGUGGAGCUAGAAGAAGAUGACAGGGAGAAGUUCACUGACCAGCUGUGCUGUGUGGCUUUGGCUCGGGUGGUGCCAGCAGAAACACUGCCACUAAUGGCCUCAGUUCUAGAUGACCUUGUCAAACGAUACCACGGACAUUUGCAUCAGAUGCAGCAGAAACGAGAAGCAAGAAAAUCGGAAUCUCCUGAUGACAUGUCAACUUUAAACUCCUUACAGGAAGAUCUGCAUUGGACGCUUUUGGUAACUGCUCAUAUUCUCACAGAGGGCACUGAUGGUGAGACACCACUGAUUCCUGCUAGCGUGAUGGAAUAUUCUAUUGCACAGGCCAAAUCAGUGGAUCUGCAGCUCACCCUGCAACUGCUCAUGGCCUCUGCCCAGCCAUUUGGUGCUACAUCAGAUCAUCAGGCUUCUGCUGACAAAGUUAUCUGUCUCAUUUCUAGCAUCCUUCAUCUUUGUGAAGUGGAAACACGGGCAAUGGAUGCUAAACUUUCAUUUUGUCUUAGUCCCCAAGUUGCUGCCACGGCCAUGUGGGCUCUGACACGAUGGGCUGCAGCAUACCUGCUGCCCAAUGAAAACUAUUAUGCCCAAAUGAGUGAAACCUUCAGUUCCGCCUUUGGGCAGGACUCAGAUAGUGGUCGUUGGAUUGUGGACUUCCUUCUGCAGAAGAUUGCCUUUAAUUUGCAAAUCUGGAAUGGUGAACCACAGGUCAUGGCUGAUUCACUGCAAUUGUUUGUCACGAUGGUUGACAACAAGACACGUGCCCAAUUUGUGUCUGAGAGUCAGCAUAUCAUGAGAUUGGCGCAACUGGCAGCUGAUAAACGUGGUGCUGUGGGGCUACUGUCAUCGUCAUCACAGCGACUGUUAACAAAAUCUCUGGUGCUUGCUGGGUCAGGAAUGAAAGAUGGCAACCGUCAGGAGGAAUUCUGGAAGUAUGUGUUGCAGACAACUAGGGACUCUUUUUACCACAUCGUCAAUGCCGAGGGAUUCACAACCCAUGGUUUUUCUAGCACCAAGAAGGAAGAGCUGAGCCAGCUGCUAGAUAGCAUGAUUGGGAUGGCUCAAGGCACUCGAGUGGACAUCUGCGAGCAUAUUUUUGCCUUCAUGCAUCCACUACUAGUAGAUGCAGUUAAACUGUUGGAAGUUUACCAUAAUUAUGAAGAGAUGGUUCUUCUCAUUCUGGAGCUGUUUUCUGAAGUUGUACAGCAUCACCUGUGCUACCUUGGAGAGACCAGCUCCAAGAAGCUGUGUGACGUCAGCCUCUCUGUCAUUCAGACUUACUCUAAGUUCAAUCUGGGUAGAAAAUGCAGGGCCACUGAGGACGAGGAGGAUGCUCGCUUCAGCAAUAUAAGCAUUGUUAUGGACCUGCUUAUGAACUUACUAGCGAAGGAUUUCAUUGACUUUGGGCCAGUGGAUGAGGCAGGGAUGCCUCAAAAUGGAGGACAGCUGGAGGCUGCUGAAGUGGUUCUCUAUGGUCUGGAGAUUGUUGUGCCCCUCAUGAGCUCUGAGCUCCUCAAGUUUCCCUCGCUCUGUCUACAGUACUUCAAGCUUAUCACUUUCCUAGCAGAAAUCCAUCCUGAGAAGUUCUGCCAGCUGCCUCCAGGGUUGUUUGAAAACAUUGUUGCUUCCAUUAAGCUAGGUCUUACAUCAUUCGGGCCAGACAUUACCAAACUGUGCAUGGAGAGCCUGGGCUGCUUGGCAGCCUACGUUUUCCAGGAAGGGUCCUCAGCAGAUCAAAUGCAGCAGGUCCUGGCUCACUUUCUGGAGAUGGUGUUCCACCUUCUUCUGCUGGAGAGCUUUGACAUGAGUCUGAUGGACACCGCCAGCACUACCUUUUUCUGCCUUAUCUGCUGCAACCAGGAUGUCUAUCGUCAGUUGGUCAACAAACUUCUGGAGCAGGAUCACCUCGCAACCUGUCAGCAGCAGCUGCUAGAGGCCUUUAUGGCUCUGACUCCAGCCAGCCUUCCGCUGGCCAUCACCCGUAACAGUAAGGUCAUGUUCCGACAGAAUUUUGAUCAUUUCCUGUCUAAAGUCCGUGGCUUUCUUUGUGUCAGAUAAUGAUUUGGAUUAGUAGACCAAAAAUGAAAAAGAAAACACUGCCUUACUUGCAAGUGUCAGAAACUCUUAUGACUACUUGAAGAACAGAUGAGAACAUUUUCCUGUGAAGUGACUAAAAUAGUUUCAUUUUGAUCAAUUGUGUUGCUACAUUUGUCAAGACACCCUACAAUUAGGAAGCUAGUGCUAAUAAGUUUACUUCCUAUUUUAUAAUUAUUUGAUCAAAACUUUUGUUUGACACCUCUGUGCUCCUUGCUUAUGUAUGACAAAAAAACAUCAGAAAAUGCUAUAGAAAAUGUGAAAGAUACAUUUGUUCAUAUGUAUGCACCUUUUUUUUAAAGUGAAUAUAGGGAGGGACGGAGUGCUAAUGCCUGAAGCAUGAUAGAAGAUGCCUGUAUGUUUGGUGCACCAGUGGAAAUAGCAUGAAUGGCAGUGAACCAGUUAUCAACUCAAAAAAAGAUCAAUUGUGUGGCAGGUGGCUGUGGGUUUGGGAGGGAGGGAGGUUAUCAUACUGCAGUCCUGGGGAUGUGGCACAAUGCACCCAAAGCCUGCUUAAUGUUGGCAGCAGAACAAGAAAGCUUUUCGACAAAUAGCAAGUAUUAGGGGGGCAUAUUUCGGGCAUUUAAAAAUGAUUGAAAAUAAUCGUUGAUUUUGGAUAGAAAAUGAUAGCACAAUAUCAACAUAAGCAGAAGUAUUGUAUCUUCCAAGGCAGACCUGGGCAAGGGGCGCCUCCUGUCUCUGACCCCCCCCCCCCCCCCCCCCCCCCGCUGCCCCG